UCAUUUGUUCCACUGAGGCUGAAACCAGCUGCUGCAGAUGAUUCACCGAUGCAUGCACGCAUCAAACCGAGCGAUGAGAUGAGUCUUUUCCUUACACACAUACAUAACGCGACCAGCCUUUGUUUUAAACGUUUAUGGUCUGCUUUUGGUUAUACGUGUUUUUAAAACCUUUUAGAUGUUCAGCGAAACUUUUGUACUUCCUGCCAUGUAAGUCAUUUCAUUUCGGAACGUUUUCCAGUAACUAAUUUGGGCAAGGGGGUGGCACGUUGACUUUGCCUAAACGUUGCUAAAAAGGCGUUCUGUCUUUAUAUUUUAUGCGUAUCGCAUAAUACUCGUAUUAGUAGUGCACUUGCAUAAUGCUUUGUGUUUUAUUCAGAACUUUAACUUAAAUCUUGUCUUGACGCUCUCGGUUUUCUAGCAUAAUUGUGUUUUCUAACAAAAACGGUUAGAUUCAAAUUGUAUUGUCAGUGGGGUUAAAAAAAAAAAAAGAGAAUAGAAGAUGUCUGCAAUCAUCUCAGAAUAUUUCAGAUUCGCUGCACUAUUCUUCAAGAGUAAGGAUGUUAUGAUCUUUAAUGGCCUCAUAGGUUUAGGGACAGUAGUCAGUCAGACAGCAUACAACAUAUUUGCUUUUAACUGUCCGUGUUCGCCAACAAAGAACUACGUGUACGGUGUGACUGCGAUCGGUGUACCCGCCCUUGCUUUCUUCGUUAUUGGGGUCAUUCUCAAUCAAAAUACCUGGGACAUUGUGUCGGAGUGCCGCACCAGAAAAUGCCGAAAACUCUCUGGGACUGCGGCCUUUGCUGUGAUGGGCUCUAUCGUGGGUCGAGCAGCAGUUGCUCCAGUCACCUGGUCUGUGAUUUCCCUCCUGAGAGGAGAAGCGUAUGUUUGUGCUUUUAGUGAGUUUAUAGACCCCUCUACUCUGGACAAUUUCCCUCCAACUACAGACGCUUCAAAGAUCAUGGCCCGCUUUCCAUGUAAGGAUUUACCUGCUAAACUGCUGAAUUACUCAGGAGAGGUUGAACGACGGUUAAAAUAUGAAUCCCAGCUGUUGGGCUGGCUGUUGGUGGGGGUAAUUUCCCUCUCUGUCUUUCUGCUCCUCUGCCUAAAAAACUGUUGCUCUUCCCUCGGCUACCAGCAGGAGGCGUACUGGUCACAGUACAGGUCCAAUGAACAAGCUCUUUUCCAGCGUACAGCGGAAGUACACGCCAAAUUCCAUGCUGCCGAAAACGUCAAGAGUUUCUUUGGCUUCGUGGCAUUGGAAAAUCAGGAAAAGGAGCUUUUAACACAGUGUGAGGGACCGUCAAUCAAGAGCGUCAUUCCCAGAGUGGAGUGGAACCGCAUCACAGGAGUUUACAUGUACAGAGAGAUGAAUGACGCUCCGCUGUAUAGCCGCCUGAACAAAUGGGCCAAUUACACAAACGAAAACAACUGUUAGUCCAUUGAGAAAGAAAUUAGACAUUGGAUUAGUGUGUUUAAGCUAUUAUUGGGUAGUAAGCCUACUAUGCGUUCUAAAUAUUGUUUAUUUGUUACUUAAUGGCUGGUUUGCUUCUGAAUACAUUUGUGUUACUGUUCUAGUAUUAUUUGAAAUGUAAAGCUAUUUUAUACGUUUUUGUAAGCACGGUGUGGUGUUUUGACACCGCUGGCAUCUCAAAUGUUAUAUGCACAACAAAAUAUUUUAUAUUUUAACAAACACAAUGUACUCUCAGGUUGACCUUUUGUGGUCCUUUGUUUACCAAUAAAGUGCCUUUGCCCUGACAAAUUACGUUAUGGUUGAAUAAAAUAAUGCCAACCCAAACAAUGCGAUUUUUUGGUAUUAAGAAACACCCAAAUCAUUUUGCCAUAUUUUGUCGUGAUCUUAAAGGGAUACUCCACCCAAAAAUGAAAAUUGUGUCAUCAUUUACUGCCCUCCCAAGUUCCAAACCUCUUUGUUCUGUUGAACACAAAGAAAGAUAUUUGGACGAAUGCUUGUAAUCAAACAUUUCUUGGACCCCAUUGACUAUAGUAGAAAAAUACAUUAUCUUUUGUUCUGUUGAACACAAAAGAUAUUUUGAAGAAUGUAGGACAGCAAACAGUUCUGGGGCACUUUUGAAUACCAUUGUAUUUUUUCCUACUAUGGUAUUCAAUGGUGGCCAAGAACUGUUUGUUCUAGCAUUCGUCCAAAUAUCUGUCUCUGUGUUCAUCAGAACAAAGACAUUUAUACAGAUUCAGGACAACUUGAGGGUGAGUAAUGCAUGACAGAAUUUUCAUUUUGGGGCGUAUUGAAUCCGCUAAUAUGUUUACAUUAUAAACAAACAGAAAUCCCACAUGAAUUUUCAGUUCCAUGUUGUCUCUACACAAAUUCUAAACAAACUUCUGACUAAAUCCGUUGAGUAAAAAUGUGUGGCUGUGUGACAAGAUUACUGAUGAAUUUGUCACAUGCUCAAUUUCAGUUCUUAAUUUCUGUUUUUCCACACAAUAUUUUGGCUUUUAAGGCAACAUUGAAAGCUUUUUCAUUUGUGUUUAGGAUAAAAGCAUCAGCUGAAUGAAUAAAUGUAAAUGUAAAAUAUACCUUUUUUAAAUCUGUUGCAUUCACAUUUGCUUGCUCUCUCUCUUCCCCCUCUGUAGCCUCUAUGUUUAUAUUUUCACAACAGCCAGCCAAGCAAAGUGAAUCAACCCCCAUUCCUCUCUCCCUGACCCUGUUUACUCAACAGAGAGAUUCACUCAGCCUGGCCACUGUCACUUAUUAAUAAGCCU